ACUUGAUCAUCAUCAUCAUCAUCAUCAUCCAAAGCUCCUUUCUGUAAACAAAAACAAUUACGAAACCCUAAUUCCGAUUCAAUCCAAAAUGGACCCAUCAAAUCAAACCGACGAACCAGACCAAAACGACGCCGAUUGUUUCCACGACGCACUCGAUGACUUCCAGUUUCACGAUUGCUCUAUUACAGACCCGUCAAUCGAAUCCACGUCAGUUUCCACAAUGUCCGAAUCAAAACCUGAAGAAAAUUCCACUCCAGCCACCGCCACUACUCUCCGCAACCGCCGCGGAGUCUCCAAAGAAACAAAUUCGGAAUCAUCGGAUAUUACCCAAAUGAAUAACUCCAAACCGAGAUACGCUAAUAUUAUUAAAGAGAAAAAAAGGUACAGACUCUACCGUGAUUUAAAAGAAAACGAGAAAAAUUUAGACACCGGCGAGUCAACUCGGUCGAGUUGCGACCGAGUUGGUUCAGAUAACCGGGCUGACUCAGUUACAGAUGAAAAUAAGAUGAGUGUUGGCGAAACAUCGCCGGAUAAUGGAAACUUGCUUGAAUUUGUAGCUGGUUUAGUGGUUAAGGCAAUUGGUUUUCAGUUCAAUUUAUUUAUCAACUUCAUCACAUUUCCAAUAUGGGGUGUUUAUAAUUUAUAUAUGUUUGUUGUUGAUCCAUUUGGAGUUAUGAGGAGUUGUAAAUCUUUUUUAAUGCAGAAGUUUGUAUCUUUAUGGAGUUUGACAAGUGGGGUUUUAGUAAGUCCAGUGAUUACUGAUUGGUUAAAGGAACAAAAAUCAAUGUGGAAUGUGAUGUUGAGAUUUGGUUGGGGAAUGUUUUGGUCUGGUUAUGUUUGUGUGAUUUUGUGCGGUUUGUUGGUUUCUUCGAUCAUGGUUAGCGGGGUUUUGAUGAGAUAUGUUGUGGAGAAUCCUGUGGAGAUUAAGGAAGAAUUGUACUUUGAUUAUACACAGAAUUGUCCUGUUGCUUUUGUGCCGAUUAUGUCGUGUGUUGAUUGCGGUUUAAAUUGUGAAGAUAGGAGUUUGGCGGGGCGGAGGGUUAUACCGCCGAAUCAUAAGUUGCAAGCUAAUGUUCUGUUAACAUUGCCAGAAUCUGGAUACAAUAGAAAUCUUGGAAUUUUUCAGAUCCGGGUGGACUUCGUAUCUGCUGAUGGUAAAAUUCUUGCCAGCAAAAGACAGCCGUGCAUGUUAAGAUUCAAAAGUGAACCGAUUCGCGCCUUAUUGACCUUCUUUAAGGUUGCUCCUCUGGUCGCUGGCUAUAUUUCAGAAUCCCAAACACUAAAAGUGAAGAUCAGAGGUUUUACCGAAAGAGUUGUGCCUACUUCCUGCCUAAAAGUCAUAAUCGAACAACGAGCUGAAAAACGCCCUGGAGCCGGUAUCCCGGAAUUGUAUGAUGCAUCGCUGGUUCUUGAGUCCGAGCUACCCGUGUAUAAAAGGCUUAUAUGGUAUUGGAAGAAGACCAUGUUCGUAUGGAUGAGUAUGAUUUUAUUUGUAAUGCAGUUGCUGUUUACCUUGAUCUGUUGUAGACCUAUAAUUAUUCCGAGAACAAGGCCGAGAAAUGUUUCUGCUGUCGUUAAUUCGCUUGAAACAAUGUCGCAAAACUAAGUCGAUCUCGAGAUUCUUCUUCACCUGAUGAUUAUGAUGGAAGUAAAGACAGAACCUCUGACUGGAUUAGUUCCAUUCUUUUUAACACAUUACUCACUCAUGUUAGGUAUUGUCAUUUGAUCCCUUCUUUUUAUUAUCUUUACCACUUUGUAGAUAGUAUAAACCAACAGUAUAAAUGAGUAUGUAAUUAUUUAUAAGAGGGGAGAUAUUUAUUGGUUUCAAUAGUAAACUACUAAUUGAGGAGAAAUGACAGAAAUUCUGGAAAGUUUUAAUGGA